GAGAGCGGAUAUAGUGAAUGCGGGGUCCGGGGAGAGCGGAUAUAGUGAAUGCGGGGUCCGGGGAGAGCGGAUAUAGUGAAUGCGGGGUCCGGGGAGAGCGGAUAUAGUGAAUGCGGGGUCCGGGGAGAGCGGAUAUAGUGAAUGCGGGGUCCGGGGAGAGCGGAUAUAGUGAAUGGGGGUCCAGGGAGAGCGGAUAUAGUGAAUGGGGGUCCAGGGAGAGCGGAUAUAGUGAAUGGGGGUCCAGGGAGAGCAGAUAUAGUGAAUGCGGGGUCCAGGGAGAGCGGAUAUAGUGAAUGCAGGGUCCGGGGAGAGCGGAUAUAGUGAAUGGGGGUCCAGGGAGAGCAGAUAUAGUGAAUGCAGGGUCGGGGGUUUAGAUAAAUGAAAGCAG